AUGGCAUCAAAAGAAUCUCUCCUACCGGUCGACAUGAUGGAGCUUCAACUGGCCACCAUAGACCUCCUCGUCUCCAUGUUCCCCUCUCCAGGAGAGCUCGACAUCCCCCCAUCGACGACCGAGUGCAUGGAAAGACUCCGGGACUGGUGCCAGGAUCCCACUGUCACACCCGUGGGGAUUCCCUCCAGCAUCCUCCUCGCUGUGCAUCUACCCAUUGCAGAUGGAGAGAAAACGAUCCAGGUCAACGUUUCUGUUCCGUUGCACAGUGACAACCCAGAGAUGGACCAGCCGCCUCCGUUCAGCUAUUCGCUGCGACAGCCUGAAUGGCUGUCGAGGGCUGAGGUGGCCCAGCUGACCGCCGCAAUUCCUUCCGAUGAUGUAUUCGAGGCAUUCAAAUAUAUCCAAACGGAGGCUGUUGAAUUCCUCAAGGCUCAGCCUGCCCAGACUUCCAGCGCCAGCACCAAUCCCCGCGGCCCAAUAGUCCGAGUCUGGUUUUAUUUCCCAUCGCUAUCGACCCGUGAAAAGCGCAAUGACUUGGUCAACUAUGCGCCGGGGUAUGGGCUUACGGGCUUUGUGUUGGCCGGGAAGCCGGGUCUCCUUUGUCUGGAGGGGAGCUCAACAGACAUCGAUGAAUACAUGCGAUUCAUCAAAACGCACUCAUGGGGCGAUAUCCCCAGCCACCAGAAAAAAGUCAGCGAGCGAUACCGGGAGACCGAAGCUGUGCAGAGGGCGUUCCCGGACAUGUCGGAGAUUACCGAUUCUCUCGGGGAUCGGAGUGGGCAGCGGGCUAACCGGGGCGAUAUGCAAGCUUUGGAGGGCUGGCUACGCAGCCGAGGGUUGCAAGAAGCGUUUGAGAAGGUGAUUUUUUAG